AUGGCGGCUGUGCCGGAGCCCAGGGACCCUGGGAAGGGGAAGGUAGAUUUUAGAAGAUUAUGUGACAUUGGAAUAGGAGGAUUUAUCUUGGCGACUUUAGGAUGCUGGUUCCAUUGUAGGUAUAAUUAUGCAAAGCUAAGAAUCCAGGAAAGACUUGCCAGAGAAGGAAUUAAAAAUAAGAUUAUAUAUGAAAGCGCCCAUCUUGAUCCUGAAAGAAAACAAAUCAGUGGCAGCAGCAGCAAUUAA